UUAUUGGCAUCAUGAAACAGAUUAACCCUGGAAGUAAGGCGGCCAUGGCAAACCUAUGCCCAGGAGAUAUUAUUCUGGCAAUAAAUGGAGAGAGCACAGAAAACAUGACACACCUAGAAGCACAGAACAAGAUCAAAGCGUGUAUGGACCAGCUCCUUCUCUCUGUGAACAGAGCUGAAGGGAAGACCUGGUCACCUCCUGUUCUAGAAGAUGGAAAGGCGCAAGCUUACCGCAUCAAUAUAGAGCCAGAACUGCAGGAUAAUGGACCUGCACAGAACAAAAAGCCAAUUCCCCCUACUGCUGGAGGGACCCCAGUGGAUAACAAACAGAUGCUGAAUUUACAGUACAAUAAUCCGACCCGCCUCUAUGCAAACAACACUGACUCGAGUUUGCCAGUCCAGAUGAGUGGGCUCCACAUUGCAUCUUCCCAAAGCAUCGACCCCUUAAAGUCUCUCCCAAGAAACAGAAACGGGAUUGAUGUGGAGUCAGAUGUCUACAAGAUGCUUCAGGAUUAUGAAAAGCCGGUUUCGGAGCCUAAGCAGUCUGGAUCGUUCCGAUAUUUGCAAGGCAUGUUGGAAGCUGGAGAGAAUGGUGAAAAACUCGACAGACUGAGCAACCCCCGAAACAUCAAGCCUCCAGUAUCAAAACUUGGUGGUGCCAUGUCUGGAUUGCAGAUGCUCCCUGAGUGCACGCGAUGUGGAAAUGGGAUUGUGGGCACGAUCGUCAAAGCCCGGGACAAGCUCUACCACCCCGAGUGUUUCAUGUGCGACGACUGCGGCCUCAACCUGAAGCAGAGAGGUUACUUCUUCAUCGAGGAGCAGCUGUACUGUGAGACGCACGCGAAGGAAAGAGUUAAGCCUCCUGAAGGAUAUGACGUCGUAGCUGUUUAUCCAAACGCCAAAGUUGAACUUGUCUAAAUACAUACUCUGUUCUUGGAGAGGUCAGCAGGCGGCUCGCCCACCCACAUGCAUGCCGCUGGUUUUAAAAUAUGGCUGUAAUCAACUCCGAUUACUAAAGCCCGAGUAAAAUGCCUUUUCGUAGAUAAAACCGUUUACACUUAGGAUCUCAAGGGGAUGGUGUUGAAAGCAUAUGAACAGGUUUUUCCCUUCUUUUUGACACUCUGCUUUUUGGGUUGCUGUGUCAAGUUAUUAGUCUCUGCCAAAACCUUAUCCAAGAUCUGUGUAAAUAUUGAUUAAUUUUCUACUUUGUUUCAUAUAAAACCAGUAUUCCUUUUCUCCCCCCCACCCCUUCAUUUUAAAAUGUAAGGAAGAUGUUUUAAAAGCUCAAAGAAAAUAAGGCACUUUAACAAAAGAAACUGACUUCUAUACCAUUGCUUUAACUUCAUAGCUUCCAGUAACGCCUUGCUCUGUGGCUUCCACAGUGAUUAAAAAUUAACACCGCGUGAAAUCUUAGUGCCUGCAACACAGUAUUGGUGGAUGGGGGCUCCUAGGCUAAAUCAGAUUUAGACCUGAACAGAGGCAACUGUGGCAAGCAAAAGUGGUCUCUUAAAAAGCAAUUGCAAUGAAAUUCUCUGGUUCAGUGACACUGCAGUUUGAGGCUAACGCUUUCUGAUCUGAGUUCACCAAAAGACCUUCUUACUGUGCAUGCGACAAGGUUUUUUUCCUUCUCUUUUUUUUUCUUCUCCUAAUUCAGUUGUUCUCCCUAGCAGUGUGUGUAAAGGACACCAGAACAGCGUGGAACCUGCACUGUUCUUCACCUCCUGAAUCUCUGACCCCUCUGUUCUCUGCCAGCAAGGAUGUCUUUGCUUUGUUCGUUGACUGCCACCCGGCUUUUGUUAAAAUUCAUAGUCGUUUCAUUCUAGAUCUCCCAGACUGGGUAUAGCCCUGCCAUCUGGGCCUGACAUUGCAGCUGUGGAGAUGGUAAUAAGGUUCAGCUAGGCACUUAGAAGGUAAUUUUUGACCUGGUAAAUCCAUCUGUAAGGCUCUGAGUCCAGAAUUGGUGGAUCCGGAUUUGUAUGCGUGUCCCAAAGCUGAGCUAUUGCAAGGUUUGUUUUACACUUUAUUUGAUGGGGAAAAGUUUGUGGAUCUUGGGAUGUUGUUCUUUUGUGGAGAUAUGUUUUUCAUUUUAGUGUUUGGAGAAGGUGUAUAUAUAUGUAUGUGUGUCUUACAACUUUCAGACAGCCAACUACUGGAUGUGAAGUACUUAGCACCAGGCUGCUCUGUGACUUCCUUACAGCUGCAUGCUACGUUUGCUGCCUGAUCACCCCGGAUGCUAACAGAAGCCGUGUGCUUGGGGAGCACUAGGAGCCUUUUGAAACAUCUUUAUUAACAGUGCUUUAUAAAUAAUAAACUUGGACACUGCUUUCCAUUAGAGAAGUAAUUGCUGUGUUACUAUUUGCCCCCGUUGAAAGCAUCAACAGGAUGUUGCUGUAGCAAAGCCUCCAGUUAGCGCCCUGGCGAUUAUCUGACCCUGGUGAAACACGUAGCGUUUGAAAUAACGUUGGGCCUGUUGCACGGACCCCUGGUGCACUGCCGUUCCUUCUGCUCCCUCCCAGAUCUGCAGUGCUGGCCCUCCUUGCUUAGGACAAGGGAAUUGUGGAAAUAGCUUCAAAACAAAAACGGGAGGGGAAAAAAAAAAUCACCUUCUCUGUAUCAGGAAGCCAAAAGUUGCACUGCGUGUCGUCAUGGAUACUGUGUUGUGUUUAUAGCUCUGCUCUUUGCCUCGCAGUUAAAGGGAAGAAAGCAAGACCUCACACUUGGCUUUCCUGCAGGCUCCUAGCUCAGAGCAGAGGGGGUCACUUCAUCCCGUUCAGGGGGGAGAAUAGGCUCUGAUCACCUCCGAGAGGAGCCUGCACAGUGGUCUGGCUCUACAGUACAGUUAGUUGCCGUUUAUUAACCUCAAAACCCAAGUCCUGUUGAUUGGCGUUGCUUCUGGUUUACCGCAACAGCCUCCUUCCCGCCCCGCACCUGAGCAAAGGGAGGAAAGAGCAACGGGUCUGUGCUGCUUCCCUUUUGUGGAAAGCCAAAUCCCGCCGAGCGGGGGCCGCUGGCCAGCCGCUCUUUCCCACGCCGGCCCUCCGUGAGCGGGGUCCGAGACAAUGCGGUGCCGGAGGAGGCUCGGGAGAGUUAUCCGAGCUGGGGCCGGGCACAGAAUUUCUUCCCGCAAUCUCUGCGCUGCAGAGGGAGCGAGGAUUCAGGGCGUUAGAGGACCACGCUGACGCCACGUGCUGUGGAGCCUUACAGCGUUUUAAACAGUUACUUCUGGCACCGAGCUUUGAUAUUUUGACCCUUCUUUUCGGGAGUCUGGAGUCUCCUUCCUCUCGAGCGUAGCUGCAGACGGCCACCGAGGAGCAGCCGACUCAGGAACGUGAAACAGGGUCACAGUACACCGCAAGCUAGAAGUAGCGUAGUAGAAGGAAAAACUGCGCACGCAACAGCCCUGACACUGCAGGUUUUCCAGGGCUCAAGGGUGGCAAGAGCCAGGCUCCACUAAAACCAGUCUUGGGAAGGCCUGCGCUCAGCAGCCUUACAGCAAGGGUGCAGGGGAGCUGAGCGCAGGCUGCCGCUCUCCGAGCGGGUGCAGCUCCCGUCCACGAGCGCCGCUGGCAGCGCAGCCAGGUAUUUCUUGGCAGCCAGAGCAGAGCGAUGCUGGCUGUGUGCGUUCCGGCUAGCAGCAGAACAUCCACUUCCAACUUUCUGCCACGAGGAUUUUUAAUUAUUGAAGUGCAAGAAACACAUGGAAAUUCUUAUCUCACAGCUGAGCCGAGUUUUUCUUGUAUUUGCCUAGCCUUGCUCAGUAGAUUGGACCGUCUGAAUGGAAAUAGUUUGGACAACUGUAAAUGAUUAAGAGACUAACCAUAAUCGGGUAUGAAGCGUUAUUGCCCCUUGUUUGCAGGCCUCUGCUUGGAGCUUAUUGGUUUGCAGCUGUCAUAAACAUUUGUUCUGACUUCCUGUAUUAAUCUCGCGUGUUGCUGGGCCAAGCUUAAUUGGCCAUAAUAUGUUUUAUGAAGUUGACGCUUUCCUCAUCCCGUUCUGAGGUUGUAGACUAGCAGUGGGUAUUUUUGGUAAACAUCUUGCCAUCGUUCAUGGUUGGCCCCUUCUACAGGUUCACUGUAAAUACUGCUUAUAGUUUGUUUCUGCUGCCUCUCUGGCUUUGCUUGAGGGUUCAUGCUCACUUUCCCGCGUGAGCAGCCAGCACAGUGUGCGAGCAGGACUUGAGCUGUACGGUUUAACUGUGACAAGCGUCUUCUGCAAAGUCACCCUUGGUGAGGCACCUGGCUCUCUGCCUCUUAGGUCAAGGUAAAACCGGAGGGGUUUGUGGAACUGAGUUCGUCUGCAGCCGAGAAGUGCCUUUACAUACUCUAGUGAAAAAACUGUUCGAACCGUUUUCCAUCUAGCACUAAAAAUUAAGACUACAAAUCCGUUUCCUGCAUCAGAUGAUGUUCUUCCAGGAAGCCAAUAUAAAAUUUAAACAAAUACUGAAGAUUGUCUAUACCCUUUUCCUAUGGUUGGCUCCAAGCAGAUGCAUCACGGCCUUCUGGUGUCCACAGAUGCUUUUUAGCCAUUAAGUCAAACAUCAUCUUCCGACUACUGCUUGUUUUUCUCCAUCCUCAAAUACAAGUAUGGUGAGAAGGAGUAUUGACACCUAAUGUGAAGGUGAUCUUAUGUUACCUGGAAAUAUGCAGGAAGCCUUGCUACCUUGACCCAAAAGCAGGGUUUCUAACCAGGAUUGAAUUCUUGAGUUCCAGCACAGCUGAGCAAGAGAAAAUUCACUAGAAGAGUGGCCUGUCAGGGUUUUUUUUCAAUUUACCAUUGAAAGAAAUGCAUAUUUGCCAGGUUAGGCCAUAUGUCAUCCUCUGAUAGUUUUUGUCUUCUGUUCAACUCCAUUUGUGAGGCCGUUUCUCACGCUGCAGGUGUCCAGUGUGCGCGUCACAUAUGUAACACUAGCAUGAGGAACGCCUUCAAAAUUCAUAUGUUGUUGCUUUGCUGCUGAGGUUUGAACGUAUAAAUCAAGCUGGCUGCUCCCUUAGGAAUCCUGAGCAGUGUAAUUGCGCGGUUAUAUAAAUAGCAGAGCUGCGGAGAGCCAGCCCGAGGGAGCCACGUGCGCCUUCCUUUUAAUUUGAAAAUAAGUUCCCACAAAUCAGGUUUUCCACACAGUUGUCUCCUGAUACUCCUCCUUAUGAGUAAUCAACUCGUUUGAUCCCCCGAGGAGCUUAAAAUGGAGCCACCUCAUGCAAUGCUAUCCUGUGGCAAAUUGAUUUCUGGAUUUAUUGCGUGUCGUAUACGUGAUUUGGCCGGUAACACGGGGCUGAAACCAGAACGCUGUUCUGCCUCGCCAAGCUCGUGCCAAGAGCGAGCCGGACAAACGCCGUCCGUCAGCUCCGCCGUUGAACGCUAUAAAGCGUUUGGA